UGCAGAAGAGACGAUGUGUGGAGGGGCAGCAAAGCUAGAGGACAAAGGUAAAGCAGGCAGAGCCCAGCAAGGCAUCUGUCGCUGCCGCCAUGCCGUUCCCAUUCGGGAAGUCUCACAAAUCGCCAGCAGACAUUGUGAAGAACCUGAAGGAGAGCAUGGCCGUUCUUGAAAAGCAAGACAUUUCUGACAAAAAAGCAGAAAAGGCUACAGAAGAAGUUUCCAAAAAUCUGGUUGCCAUGAAAGAAAUUCUGUAUGGCACAAAUGAAAAAGAGCCACAGACAGAAGCCGUGGCACAGCUCGCUCAAGAACUCUAUAAUAGUGGGCUCCUGAGCACCCUGGUCGCUGACUUACAGCUCAUUGACUUUGAGGGCAAAAAAGACGUGGCUCAAAUUUUCAACAAUAUUCUCAGAAGACAAAUUGGUACAAGAACUCCUACUGUUGAAUACAUCUGCACCCAACAGAAUAUUUUGUUCAUGUUAUUGAAAGGGUAUGAAUCUCCAGAAAUAGCUCUAAAUUGUGGAAUAAUGUUAAGAGAAUGCAUCAGACAUGAACCACUUGCAAAAAUCAUUUUGUGGUCAGAACAGUUUUACGAUUUCUUCAGAUAUGUCGAAAUGUCAACAUUUGACAUAGCUUCAGAUGCAUUUGCCACAUUCAAGGAUUUACUUACAAGACAUAAAUUGCUCAGUGCAGAAUUUUUGGAACAGCAUUAUGAUAGAUUCUUCAGUGAGUAUGAGAAGUUACUUCAUUCGGAAAAUUAUGUGACAAAAAGACAGUCACUCAAGCUUCUCGGUGAACUACUAUUAGACAGACACAACUUCACAAUUAUGACAAAAUACAUCAGUAAACCAGAGAACCUCAAAUUAAUGAUGAACCUUCUACGAGACAAAAGUCGUAACAUCCAGUUUGAGGCCUUUCACGUUUUUAAGGUGUUUGUAGCCAAUCCUAACAAGACGCAGCCCAUCCUAGACAUCCUCCUCAAGAACCAGACCAAACUCAUCGAGUUCCUCAGCAAGUUUCAGAAUGACAGGACCGAGGACGAACAAUUUAACGAUGAGAAGACCUAUUUAGUUAAACAGAUCAGGGAUUUGAAGAGACCAGCUCAGCAAGAAGCCUAAUUUCCAAUAAACAUCUAAAAUAUUAAAUCCAAAUUCAGCAUUUGCUGUUAGCUAUUCAGCAUCAGGCACUCUUAUCGAUUCAUGAGGAACAUUACUACUAAUCUGCUGUUAAGUGAACGGUUUUUCAUUUUACCUUUUUUGUUUUUUUUUAGUCCAAGUUGGAGAACAUAGCUGCUGCUUUCUUGCACACUAGAGCACACGUGGACUUUUUCUUGAUCUUUGUGUCAUUUCAGAAUUCAAAGACUCCGUUGGCUGUAGGAGUUCUGAACAUGGCUGGGUUCAUGAAGGCAAAUGCAUGGAUGACAGUGGUUUAGGGAAGGAGGGCAUUGAUAUUAUCAGAUCACACCUCCGUGUUUGCAUUUAUCUUUGUCAAAGAUCUGAGCGCGGAUCCUUGGUAAGAUUGUUGCCUUCACUAAAGGAAGAUUGUGCAGAGCUGUGUUUGGAAUCAGAGGGGAACUGUAUCCAAGAUGUGAGCUUUUGGGGCGGAUAAAGUUGGCAUGCGAAUAAAUUGAUACUGAAACUUAGCAACUUCUCAAAAGUGUGAAGCUUCAUAAGGUCAUAAGGAAAAUGUAUAUAUGCUUUUCACAGCUUUCUAGAAUUUUUUGACGUUUGAUUUUCUUGAGACUUGUAAACCUGGAUAUGUUGAAGGGUAUUUGUUAAUUUUACUUUUUGAAGGUAUUUUAAAACAGUAGAGCUAGCAACGACAUCUUGCAUUUCAUUUCAACAAUGCUUACAGGUUUCUUUUGUAUAUAAUUCUUAGAAUGCUCAUUUCUUUUAAAUGAUUUAAUUUGUACAGCAGAGGAAUGUUAUUGUAUUAGUAUGUAACUAUUACCUAAUAUUGAGUUUUUGCAAAAAAUGAAUGCUCGUAUGUAAUUGAAAUACUUCAGAUCACAUGAAAAUGCUGAUUUAACAUUUAAGUAUCACAGCAUUAAAAGAAAAAAAAGUAAACCAAUCCUUUGUAUUCAGUUAUCUAAUGGGGUGCCAUCGAUAGGCUAAAAUACAGACCUGGAACUCAAUCAGCUACACUUUCCUGCAUAAUAUUGGCCUUAUUCAUUUAAAAUGAGUCAUGAGUUUGCCAGGUCUAUGAAUGAUACCGAUUAUGCUAAAUUAAUGCCGAUUCUUUGUGUGUGUGGGAACCUCUGUAGAGCACCUUUUCUUUCUUAGAGUAAGUAAUCCAGUACAAUAGUUGUGAAACUGAAUAAUUAAAACCUUGGCUUCUCUUAGGAAAAGAAGAGUUUCUAGUCAUAGGUGUCCUAUGGGGAAAUUUAUUUUUUUUAACGUCCUGUUCCUUAAUGCUGCAAAUUAUCAGUAUUUAUAAAGUAACUGAUUUUGCACCACUUUUUGUUACUGUGACCACGGCAGAACAACUUCUCCUAGAAUAUAUCAGUGUCAAGUUCUUAGAAUGGUGUCUGUUCAUCUUAGUGAUGCAAAGAUCACAACUAACAACUUACAAAUCUGAGUUUGCCAGUUCAAGUUCAGCAUGGCUGUAGCUGAUUAAGAAAUUUAUAUAAUUAUCCUUUGCUAGCCUCUCUUACUAACUGAAUUAUGUAUCAGCCAGUAAAACAAGACUCCCAAGUGAGGUUUCAGCAGGUUUUAAGACCUCCUUCUAGGAACGCCAGUUAGAAAAAUAGCUCCAGAAAAUACAGAUGUAUUUUAUUCUCUUUAAGAUGACAGUCUACAUUAUAAUUGGUUUUUCCAAGGCUGUCUUUACCGAAAUCUGUGUAAAAUAAUUCAUGUUUUUCUAUUGGAAGUAGGGAAAGCAAUCCAAGCUCCUUGAAACGAAAAUAUCCAAUGUUUAGGAAGGCAGACGUGGCUGUGGUGAAAUGUUCUGGUUCUCGUGGUCUAGUGCCACGUAUCAGGAUGUAGUGUGAAAACAUCAGUUACACCAAGUGGAGGAAAGGUUUCCUCGCCGAGCUGGUUCUUAGAACUUGGAACAAUAGAACAGCUUCCACGCUGGCAGUGACAUCAGCACUAGAGCCCUUUGUGUGGGAAACAGUGAGGGUGCAGCAUGUCAGAGAAAACAUCGAUGUGUUACUAGCGCGUUGGAAUCUGGAGAGAGUUAAGACUUUUUUUGGGUUACUUUGUUUUUAAACAAAAAUAUUAAAACAUUCAAAGUUGAAAAGUUGCAUUUGAAGUUAUGAUCAUUUAAUAUAUUCAUAUUACCAAAACUAUUAUACUGGAAGUGGUUUCUUUUUGUCUUAUAAAGGUUUAAUUUUACUAUAAGUCAGUUACUCAAUGUGAUUUUUAACCCUUAAAAAAAAA